AUGAAUGCCCAACGACCUUUGGUGGUACAUGUGAAAUCAAAAGAACCCAAACUAAACAAUGCUGCUUUUAAUCAGGACCAAUCAUGUUUUGCCAUUUGUACAGACACAGGAUUUAAAGUAUACUCAACGUAUCCUAUGGAAUUGAAAAUGGAGCGAGACUUCAGCAAGGGAUCGUUUGGUAUCAAAGAAACACGAGAUUCUAGUAGCACGACUAGAAAUGUGAAUUCAGGUAUUGGGAUAGUGAAGAUGUUAUACAAAACUAACUAUGUUGCAUUAGUUGGGGGUGGAAAAAAGCCUAGAUCACCACUGAAUAAAUUGUGCAUUUGGGAUGAUCUGAAAGAGAAGAAUUCGAUAGUUUUGGAAUUCAACACACCUUUACUUAAUAUACAUUUAUCUAGGACGCACAUUGUAGCACUGUUGAAGAAUAAUGCUCUAGUUUACUCAUUCAAAUCAAAACCUGAACUUUUAUUUUCUUUCGAAACUGAUGAUAACGAACCCGGUGCUUCUGAUUUGGCAAUUUGUGAAUCAUCUUCGAUACUUGUUUUUCCAGGCAGAAAUAAUGGGCAAAUACAUAUAGUUGAUAUCAUCAAUACACAAGACAAGAAAAGCGUUUCGUUGAUAAAGGCGCACAGAAACCCUGUUCAAUGUUUAGCUUUAUCGCCAAGGGGAAAUUUAGUAGCUAGUGCUUCUACUAAGGGGACGAUAAUAAGAAUCCAUGAUACUAAAAAUUGUACACUGGUUUAUGAGUUCAGAAGAGGUGUUGACCCUGCCAUCAUAAGUGAUAUGAAAUUUGCACCAAGUGGAACGAAAUUGGCAGUUUUAAGUGAUAAAUGCACAUUACAUAUAUAUCAUCUUGGAGAAGAAAACAAAAAGCAUCUGCUGAAAGAUCUGCCAUUGUUUCCCAAUUAUUUCAAGAGCACAUGGAGUGUAAUGUCCAAAAAUGUGGGGAAUAAAAGUGAUUUAGUCAACGAUAUAGGUACAUUAGGUUGGGUCAAUGAUAACGUUUUAGUUAUCGUUUGGAAAUACAAAGGUAUUUGGGAAAAAUAUGAUAUCAUUAGCAAUGAAAUGGAUUCGGUAUCGUCAGAAGAGUCUAGAAAAUGGGAAAUUGUCAAGGAAGGAUGGCGAAGUGUUUGA